AUGCAAGUUCAUACAGUCAAUGUGUUGUGCAGUGACAAGUUUCAUGAAUAUAUGAAUGCAACCGAUCCGGCGACUUGUCAAGUUUAUGAAUUCAGGAACACUCAUCCAAUGCCGAUAGGAAUACUUACUACAGAUACAGGAAAGUUGGUGGAAAUAAGAGAAACUAUUACAUUAAACUCUGACGCAUUUUCAAACUCAUUUCACGAAGACUUACAGUUCCAUUUUAAUAACGAGAGAAUUCCCGAGAGAGUCGUUCAUGCGAAAGGAGGUGGUGCGUUUGGCUAUUUUGAAGUAACUCACGAUGUAUCCAAAUUUACAAAAGCUGAUGUCCUUAACGGUGUUGGAAAAAAGACAGAAGUUUUCGUUCGCUUUUCUUCCGCUACAGAGCAACUCGGGGGCAAUGACGCAGCGAGGGAUAUUAAAGGGCUAUCCGUUAAGUUUUACACAAAAGAAGGCAAUUGGGACUUAUUAUGCUUGAGUACUCCGGUUUUCUUCUUUAAAGAUCCUAUUCACUUUCCAAGUUUCUUUCACGCUAUGAAAAGAAAUCCUAAAACGAAUCUGAUUGACUUUUCUAUGCGCUGGGACUUCGUCACCAAGCAACCGGAAUCACUUAAUGGAUUUUUAUACCUUUUAUCUGAUUAUGGAAUACCGAAUGGUUAUAGAAAGAUGGACGCCUUUGCAAUUCAUACGUUUGAAAUAAAUAAUAAACAUGGAGAUAAGUAUUUCGUUAGAUUUAAUUUUAGAACAGAACAGGGAGAAGAAGCUCUUACAUCAGCCGAAGCACGGGCCCAGGACCCAGAUUAUUAUAACAAAGACCUUUAUAAUGCAAUUGAGAAGAAAAACUACCCAAUUUGGAAGUUAGAGAUGGAUGUUAUGACCCUCAAUGACAUCAAACGUGUCGAUUAUGAUCCCUUUGAUGUAACCAGAUUGUGGAAAAAGGGAACUUAUACAACUGUCCCUAUUGGUUGCCUUGUAUUGAAUAAAAACCCAGACAAUUUCUUUAGAACAGUUGAAUUAAGUGCUGGUAACCCAGGUAAUUUAGUACCAGGCAUUCCUGGGCCUCUGGAUAACUUGUUUAGAAGCAGGCGAAUGAUGUAUCGACAAACUCAAGUGCAUCGUUUGAAAGUUAAUCAUAAUAGAAUACGUAUUAACGAGCCUUUGUAUUGGAAAGUCUAUAAUCGUGAUGGUAGGCCUCCAGUUAGAGAAAAUAUGAAGGAUGCUCCAAACUACUAUCCGAAUUCUUAUAAUGGCCCAGUCCCAUAUAUAGAUCCUGCGAGACCGAAGGAAAGAUUCACUAUUUAUGAGAGGAACGCAGUGGAUUUAGAACCCGCAGCAUACUUCUAUAAUCAUUAUCUAUGUGAUGAGGGCCAAAGACAAAGACUAGUUAAUAACACAGCUCAAAGUUUAGUUCCAGUAUCUCCAUAUUUACAACAAAGGGCAUUGCGCUUGUUAAGUUUAACAGAUCCACAAUUGGGAAUUAGGGUAGCAGAAUGUUUAGAAGAGGCAUUGGAAACUCCAACACCUGCGCCUCAUGCUAUUAAGAUUCCCAGGCAUCCUUACGAAGGAAACAAACAUUAUGUACAUUUAUAA